CUUAUUAAAUAGACAGCUAUGGCUAUGAUAGAUCAGAAAAAAGACAGAUAUGUGCGUGGAAAUUUGCCAAGUCUGGUUGGAGUUAUAGCAAAGAAUCCGAGCGCGAAGCCUUUGGACAACCUGAUUCUAGAGAACAGAGCCAAGGCAGAUGCACUGGCAGAGACACAGGCGAGGGUCGCGGAGGCGAAGAAGAAGGACUUGAGGAGCGACUGGGAGAACAAGACGAAUAAGACGAUAGAAAGGAAUGCGAUCAGAAGGAGGGUGAAUGACAUCCUCAUGCAGAACCAGUUCUCACUCGAGGACCGCAGAGAAAAGCUGAAAGCACUUCUGUCGUCUGAACAGCAGAUGUUUGUGGUUGAGAUGGAGGAGAGUGUGGAGACUCCGAUUGAGCGACAGCUGAAGAUGAGGCAGAGGGCCAAGGACCUCCGACAGCAGAGGGAACGGGAGAGGGAGGAGCUGGUGGCCACUUUAGAAGACCAAAGAUGGAGGGAGAAUUGUGAGGAGUUGCGGACUGUGUUGUCGAAGAGGUCUGCGAAGAGUCUGAAUGCGGAGCGGGAGAAGCAGUUGCUGGUGAAGCAGGAGAGGGAACGGCAGAACAUGUUGGACGAGGAGUUCUUCAUGGACUUGUGGAAGACAGAAAUCGACAGAAAAGCGGACAGAGAGACUCUAGACGCACAGGCGAAGCUGGAACGAGACAGGGACAUGUUGAGUGUGCUGCGCGAACAAAUGGCGGCUCACGAGAAGGCGAGAGACGAGGAGACCAAAAUCAAACAGGAGGAACACGAACUGCUCGUGCAAGAGGGUAAACUGAGGGCGUAUGAAGAGGAACAGGAGAGGCUGAACAAAAUGAGACAGCAAGAGGCUACCAGGAACAUGUAUGCACUCUCCAUCAAACAAAGGAUGAAGAGGCAGGCGAAAGAGGAGCAGGAGGAACUGGCCUUGGACAUGAAGAUCCUCGAGAGUCUCAUCGAGGAGACGAAGAACGAAGCCGUAGAACAGGCCAUGAAAAAGGCGCGUCUGCGGGCGGAGUUCCAGCGAUACCGGGACUACCUGGCCCAGCUGAAGGCGGAGGAGAGUAAGCAGGAGAAGGAACUGGAGGCGAUGUUGGAGGUGGAGCAAAAGAAGGUGUUGGAGAAACAGAGGCAGCAGUUUUACCGUGAGAGGGCCGCUCGACAGAAGUUGCUACAAGAGGUCAUCGCCAGCAGAAAGGCACAGAUACAUGCUAGAAUGCUUGAAAUUGAGGAAGAAAAGAAGCAAGCUGUAAUCGACAAGGAGAACACUCUGAAAGCACUGGCCGAACACAAGGCCAUAGAGGAGGCGGAGAGACAAGCUAGCGUGAAGAAAGCGAAGGAGUUCCAGAGUCAAUUGAAGGGCCAGAUGGACUUCAGAAACAGACUGCAGGCCCUGGCUCACGAGGAAGAGUACCGGACCCAGUUGCGACAAUACGAGGCAGAGGCCGACUACCAGGUCAAAUUGAGAACUGCCUUGGAGAAGCCACCCGACAAAUUGCACCCUGCCUGGAAGCAAUAUUACCAACAGGCAACUUCGGCCAAAUAAACCAUCUACUCAAUGAAUUAUCGGCUAACAAAGUUAUCUGCCAACAUAAAACUUUGGUGUGAACUGAAUUUUUAGUUCAUAAAUCUUAGGUUAGGUAAGUUGGUAUCAUUGAGAUGCAUGUAAAAUUUGCAGAACUUUUUGGCGCAGUUAUACACUUAAGGCUGAUGCUGUUUGUUAUAAUUGGUUGAGUUGGCUAUAAAUAUUUGCUAUUGUUAGUUGCUGCCAUUUUGGGCGAAAAAACAUGAUUUAGUAAAUUCUCAAAAUCAAAAUAUCAGCAAAACUUCAAGUGUUCGUUACAGAAAAGUUAGUAAUUUACCCUGUUAAAAAGUUCCGUCUAAAAUAAGUGUCAGAAGUUUUUAGCUCAUAUCCAACCAAUUAAAUAGUUAAACUUAAAAUUUGUCUGUUAUAAAUGAUAAAUAUAUAUUCUGGUUUUAUAUUUUUAUCAAAAUUAAGUGGAAGAAUUAAUUUUUUGAACUUA